AUGUCCACUAUUUCCCAAACUGCCUUACAAAACCUCGAUGAACCUUCUAGAAAGGAAAUCAUGCAAUUCAUAGAGUCUGAAAACUCAAAGUCAAAGGUUCAAAUGUCCAUCCAUAGUUUCACCGACAUGUGUUUCAAGAAAUGUAACGCCAACAAGCCAAUCAAUAGCGGAGUCUUGGAUGCCUCUGAAGAACUGUGCUUGACCAACUGUUUGAACAGAUUCUUGGACACAAACAUCAAGGUUGUUCAAGCCUUACAAGGUGCUCAAAAAUAG